AUGUGUCUGGGGUCCGUGCAGGGCGCCGGCGUGAGCGUGGAGAGCCUGCAGGUGUUUGCCUCUCUCUUCCAGCCCCGCAGUGGACGUGCAGGCGAAAGCGGCGAAGCGUCUCAAGGAGCGAACCGGCAACCCCCACACGCAGGAACCACCCUGAACCCCCAUUCCGGGAACACACAUCCCCCUGUUUCUCCCUCUUCUCCCGCUUCGCCUUCCUCACCGGAUGCGUUUCCGUUUCCGCCUUACUCGCCUGCUUCGGGGGACACGCCUGAGCAGUAUCUGUUGCGGGGCCGUUGGUCUCGGCCGCCGCCUCUGUUGGACGAUCCCACGUCUCUCAUUCCGCGAAACGCCUCGACGCCUUUUCCUGCUCUCAGUCCCUUUCGCGUCAGCGAGGAGGUGCGGGCGCGCACGGAGCCGAACGUGCUGGACACUCUGACGCCGUGGAAGCGCAUCAUCGCGGACAAGUUCGUGAGGACUGCGACGGACACCUUCGUCCCGAAGUCGCCGGAUUUCUCCACGCACAAACUCGGCCAAGCCGCCGCCGUCGAGGCCGCAACCGCCGCCACGGAUCUCCCGCUCGUUCGGGAAGCAGUCGAAAGAGCGGUCAUGGCUGCAGAGAAGAGACGCGAGAAGCUAAGACGAGAAGAAGGGGAAGACGAGCGGGGGGACCGGGCGACAACGCGAGAGACAGCCGGUCCGGAAGAAGACGCAGUCCGAGAAGAGAGGAUGCGGAGACGGGUGCGGAGCGAGACAGAGCGACACAUGAAGAAUUUACUCGGAGGAGGAACGCAAGUGGACUUUGACGAAGAAUUCCACUUCAACGAAUCCUGGUUGGCCGAGGGGUACGAGGACAUCAGCGCCGAACCGCGGUUCGUACCGCCCGACUGGACAGACGUUCCCCGACCUUGCAGGAACUCGACAGCCAUCACGACGCUGACGGCGUCCCAUUUGACGAAACCUAUCAUCGACACAGCCGACCCCAGUCAGCGCAACAAACUGCGGAUUCAGUAUUUUUCCCCCAAGGAGAAGAAGCGGCAGGCCUUCUGGAAGUCCCUGCUGGCCGUGGGCCGAGAGAGCACCCACACGCGCCUGGCGGCAGCGCACGCGUGGCUCACGGAACUCCACGAACAGCAACAGGAAGAGGCGUACAAGAACCGACGCCAGAUAGCGGAGCUCAAUGUUUUGAGGGAGAGACGGCGGCGCGAAAAACAAAGGAAAAUCGAACAAGCUGGUGGAAUAUACAGGCCCCCGCAACCGCCGCCGUAUCCACUCCCCCUCCACUACCUCUACGUGAAUCACCGGCUGUACAAUGCGUUCAAACUGAUGAACGUGGUCGGCUGGGAGGCGUGCCUCGAUCUACCGACGCCACAUUCCCGCCUCGAGGCGUUUCGCCACGAACACAACCUCCGGUCCUUCUAUCUGUUGCCUGUCGACGACCGCGUGAGUCUCACCGCCGGCAUCGAACGCGAAGGAGGCUCCAGAAAACUGGGGGAGGCGGACUGUGGGGCUGCGCCGAGGCCGCCACCCACGGUCGCCCAAACCCCUGACCGCACGUGCCGUUCUUCCCCAACAUACAAUGUCGUUUUCCCGUCCCCCCGGUCCCCCCCUGUUGUCGCUUCCUCUUCGUCUUCUGCGUCUUCCUCUGUUUCGCCUGCGUCGUCACUCGUGCUGCCUUCGCGCCUGGGCGAGUUCUUGCUUUCGGGCAUGGACGCCGUUCUGGUGCUCCGCGACGGCGUCAUCGAUCCGCACUUGAGUCUGAAUUUGGAGAAGUUCGGAGGCGUCGAGGGGGGAGAAGAAGAAGUCGAGGGAGCCGGGCUGCUCGAGCGCGGCUCUCGCAGGCCGGCGCCAGACAAAGACGACGAAGCGGCGAAUCCGGCGAGUGCCGGAAACACGACGAAAGGCGAAGCGUCCAGCGGCGGGUGCUGUGGGGGGGCAGCGAAGCAGUCGGGUGUACAGACACCGACCGAAGACGCGCAGGAAGCGGAGGAGCCUUGCGCGUCCCACGACUCGCACAGCGGCGAGCACCACGGCCAAGGCGACACGUCAGACGAGAACGCCGAGGGCGAAGAAGAGGAAGCCUACGUCGGCAGCUUCUUCAACAUCCGACACCCUGGCGUUCGGAGCGCAAUGGCCCAGGAACUGCAAUUCGUCCCCGAGUACUCCAACUACUGGAGAACAAACACUCAACCUUUCCACAGGGGACAGAUUGGCAAGACGAGUCGCAAGUACGACAGCGAUUUUGCGAUCUACGACUACCGGAAACUGGACUUUGGAAUGGCCAAGUUCUCUGCGCUGAAUCUCGCGAGCAUGCAAGACGCCGCAUGCAUCGUUGUCGGCGAUGACCCGCGAUACGACUCGGAAGAGCGCGAGAAAGUCAACGAAGAGAAACGCGCGCGCGGCAUGGCGAUGGUCGACGCACUCAUGGGCAGUUCUGACAAAGACAAGAGGCGAUCAGAGGACGCGCGCGACCGGCCGCUAGGCACCCCUGGUGGUGCCGAACCAGCAGGGACGAAAGCGACUGAGAACCACACCGAAGCAACCGCAGGACAGGUUGCGCAUUCUAAGGACGUCGACGCGGCAGCCAAGCGUAACGUGGAGACUGAGACCGAGCGAGGAGGCGCGGCGAGCGACGCGUCAGAGACGAGGCGAGGCGACUCCGUCGCGCCUCCGGGAGGGCACGUCGACGACGCGGGAAAGAAAGACAAAAUGACGCUUGAGUCGCUUAUUGACGCCAUCGAAGAGAGUCAGGAGACACGGGCAGAGACCGCCAAAGCCGGGCCAGGAACCGACGCCAGUGGCGCGACUCGGAAGGAAAUGAAAUUCCAAGUUUUGCACCUUGUUACUUCAGAUGACCUUGAUCUCGUCCCCUAUCUUCGUCCCCACAACUCGCUCUUCGCUCACCCCGAGUCGUCUCCGGGCAUUUCGCCAGCUGCGCCUUCUUCCAACGCGACCUCUGCUUCCCCAUCUUCUCCUGCCUUGCCUUCUUCUCUUCCGUCGCUUCCCUCUGUGCCUCCUGCACAUCCGCUGAUCAACCCUAGGCUUGUCGUGCAUGUCGGGAAGGGCGUGAACUGCACGCUUCACCAAACGUUCCUUUCGCUCUCGGAUCUGCUGCCGGAGGAAGACCAAAAGAGGCUGGCUGCGGCGCGCGAGCGCCAGGAGAAGGCCCGACCGGCCUAUAUGCGAGGACGCGGCAGAGGCGGAUUCGUCAACUCCAACACUCGCAUUGUCCUGGAACCGGACGCGGAGAUGCACCACAUCUAUGACCAGGAACAGGCCGUCGACUCUUGGCACCUGGAGAAUCUCAGCGUGCAAAUGCACAAGAAUAGCACCUACGUUCUGCGCCAUGUUGAUCUCGGCGCUCACGCGGCUCGCUUCAAUCUCCAGGUUGAAGGCGCAGAGUCCAGUCACCACACCUCGCUGGGGCUCGCCGUGUUGAACGGCAGGCAAGAGCACGGAAAGUACGAAAUGUUUCACCACCUCAAGCCGCGGGGCGAGACGUCGCAGACGAUGAAAUCCUUGAUCGGCGGAAAGGCUCGCGCCGUGUGGCGAGGCCGGAUUCGCAUCGAACGGGAAGGCACGGGAACGUCGGCAGAGUCUCUGAAUCGUGUCGUCCUGCUCGACGACGGGUCGCGCUGCGUGGCGAUCCCGACCCUGGAAAUUAUUCCCGACGACGUUGUCAAAGCCAACCAUGGAGCUAUGAUUCGCGACCUCGACGUCGAGCCGCUCUUCUUUCUCAUGUCGCGAGGCAUAGACGAGCUCGAAGCAAGAAAAAUGCUCAUGAAGGCGUACGCAGAAGAUGUGAUUUCCCCCGUGCAAGAUGAGAACCUCCGUCAGCGUGUCUUCAAAAAGAUUCUCUCCAUGGCUCCGAAGAAGAAAAAGAAACUGAUUCGCCAUCAUAUGUUCAAGGGAGGCGAACAUGCGUAG